CUUUUAUAAAAAUGGACUUUUAGCAUCAUACUAAUAGCACUAGGUAAUUGAGUGUGAUUUAUUGAACAAGCAUAAGCGGGUCGUCAUCUCCUAGUUCCAAAAGGGGAGUUCAAGAAUGUUAUCAUGAUAUAUUUCAGGAGAAGAAAUAGAAAAGGAGUAAGCAAAAUUGUUAUAGAAGUGGUUCUAUAGUUCUGGGAUCAGUGAAGGAAGUAUCGGAAGAUAUUGAGGAUUAUCUGGUAAUGUAGGAUCAUAUUAGAGAUUUCAAGGAUACCUCACAUCCAGAUUUAAAAUGACAAGUUUGAGUUCAGACAAAAUAUCAGCCAGAGAGAUAGGUCAUCCCCUCUGCUCAUUAGAAAAUAGGAAUACAGGAAGAGGAGGGCUUCCUUGAGUCCUCAUGGAACCAAUGCAUUACAGAGAGUUGAGGAAGUCAAUGGGGAUGACGAUGAACUCAAGAAUAAAUGUAUCUUUAAACUAGGAUUGAUAUUGGAUAAGAAUGAAUUCAAUGAUAAAUAGAAAAGAUCAUCAAUCCUUAAGGAAAGAACUAAUCAUGAUGUAAUCCAAAUUUAUCGAGAUGUAGCCAAAUUCGUCCAUUCUUGAAGAUGUUUAAGAAAAUGUUAAAGAAUAACCCAUCUUUGCUAACACCACACUGAAAUUGAAGGUGGAUGAAGUAGAUUUUGGUUAAGAUAAAAAGCAAUGGGCUCCCGAAGAAAUCAUUGAAAUAAUAGAAGAGGAAAAACCCGAUACUGUAAUUAAUGUCAAGGAGAAAGAAAUGUUUUAGAAGGGUAUUACAAUUGAAUUAAGAUAGUUAAAAAAAUAUUACAUGAAGAAAGAGAUUUUUUGAAGAAAAUAUUAAAAGGAGAAAUGAUCGAAUAGGAUGAUAUCAAAAAGAAGUAGGAAUUUUAGAUGCAAAUUGGCGAAGUCUAUUGGAAUCAAUUGAUAUAAGAAGCAGAGGAGUAAGUCAAUAGCGAUGAAGAGCAUCAAUGAUUAUUCUAUAUUAUUAAUUAUUUUACAAGCACC